AACAGAUUUCCUCCCCUUAAAAAAUCAAAAUAUACAUUUCACACUGGCUCUCGCAAAGCCUCCUUCUACAUUUCACAGAAACCUUUCUUCCCUCCGUCCGUCCGUCCGUCCCUCUCUCUUUCUCUCUAAAUUCUACAAAAUCACUCCCUCUUCAACAGAAUUUUCUACAAUCUUCAGCGAUUUCUUCUUCUAUGGGAGCUUACGACGGGAAUCCGACGAGUGAAAUCGCUUACAGUCGCGACUCCCGAUCUCAGUGGGGCAACAGGAACCCUCCGAUCGAUGGCGCGAUCGAUAAUUUGGUCGAUCGGUUCUCAGGUAUCGGUGUCAGCGGCAACGAUCCUUCCAAGGAGAGCCUGUUUCAGGUCAUGAACGCUGUCGAAGCUGCUGAGAACAUGAUCAAGAAUCAGAUGGACAAGAAUAACCACUUGAGGAUUGAACUUCUGAGAAAAACACAAGAGCUGGAAAAAUAUAAGUCAGAUGCUUUGUCAGGCCUAAGAUCACCUGCAGAUGGUUCAAGGGAUGAACAUAUCCUGGGGCAUUACAAAGCACAACCACCAGUUUCUGCUGUAGGGAAUGAAGAAGAAAGGGUCAGAUGGGUGGACCACAAUUCCUCUCUGGAUCCUGGAGGUACACUAGUUAUCCACCAAAACAUACUGCCAAAAAUCGAGGAUCUGGUUUUACAAAAUCAUGUGGAAAGCCAGCACUACUCUGAGAGCAGCAAGGUAAAUGGAACUGUGAAGGGACUUCCUGGUGGACAGGCAGGUGUUGAUAAUGCUGGGCUCUCUCAGUUCUCACCAUCUUCAAGAUCCUUUUCUCCGAGCAGGUACCAGAAGGAAGGAGAAUAUGAUCCUAAGUUUGGCUCAUCAGGUCAUGGGCUGAUGCAAGCGUCUGAAGUAAAUAAUUCAAGCAAUAUUUUGAAGCAGGAUCUUGUACUUAAAGUCAGAGAACAUGAAGAGGAGAUUGUGCUGCUUCGGAAACAUCUUGCUGACUAUUCUAUGAAGGAAGCACAAAUACGCAACGAGAAAUACAUUUUGGAAAAACGCAUUGCUCAUAUGCGCAUGGUAUUUGAUCAGCAGCAGCAAGACCUUGUUGAGGCCACAUCAAAAGCUCUCUCAUAUCGACAAGAGAUAAUCGAGGAAAACAUACGUCUUACAUAUGCAUUGCAAGCUGCACAGCAAGAAAGAUCCACAUUUGUAUCAUCAUUACUGCCUCUUCUGGUAGAGUACAGUCUGCAGCCACCUGUACACGAUGCUCAGUCCAUUGUUAGCGAUCUUAAGGUUUUAUUUAAGCAUCUGCAGGAGAAGCUCAUCAUUACUGAGGCAAAGUUAAAGGAGUCUCAGUACCAGUUAGCCCAAUGCCGUUCAGAUGUAAUGAACAACUCUAGUUUUGCACCCCAGUCUCCAUCUCAUUCCUUUGGUGCCGCACUGAAUACUUCAAACAAAAGUCUCGAAAUCGUGCCUCAGCCAACAUAUGCCCACACAUAUACGCCAAUUUCGUCUCCUUUGAAUGCCCAGACAACAAAAGCUGAUUGGGAAGCAUUAGGAUACCAUAAUCAUCACAUUGGUGGUGUUGCUACUAAAAAUCUGGACCAUGAGAACUUGGGAAGGUCUUCUCCUUCUGCAAGCAGCAAUCCUGCGGUGCAAGACAGACCAGCUGGCCCAGCUCGGCAUGUGCUAACUCAGGGUGAUUCUCAUGAUGUCACACGUUUCGGUGAAGCUAACUUCAACAAACAUCCAUCCUUCAAUGACCUUGUGAGUAGCAAUGAGAUGGAUGAUUCAGAUGGAGUUGGGCUCCAGAAUGGGAGAGAACCCUCAGUCCAUUGGGGUCCUGGCAGCUCUCCUUAUUUGGCACCUGCACAUGACGAUCCGAAUUCCUCGUUUUCUCCAUAUUUGCCUCCAGUACUAGAGGAACCUAGUUCCUCAUUUUCUGAAGCAGCAGAAGAUGAUCCUUUACCAGCCAUAGAAGGCCUUCAGAUCACUGGUGAUGCUUUCCCUGGACAAGAACUUCAAGCAUGUGGAUAUUCUACUAAUGGAACAACUAGUUGUAAUUUUGAGUGGGUACGCUUUUUCGAGGACGGGUCUGUGAAUUACAUAGUUGGAGCGAAGCAACCUGACUAUCUGGUUACUGCUGAUGAUGUUGAUUCAUACCUUGCCAUUGAAGUACAGCCCCUUGAUGACAGGAAGAGGAAGGGUGAACUCGUUAAGGUCUUCGCCAAUGAGCAAAGAAAAAUAACUUGUGAUUCUGUAAUGCAAGAGGAGAUAGAGAAAACUCUUUUCAUUGGACAUACAUCAUUUGAAGUUUCAUUGUCGGCAGGAUGUUUAGAUAUCUGGGAACCUGCUAUUUUGGCCAUUAAAAGGGAAGGGUACAGCAUCAAGUGCAAUGGACCACGUGGUGUUGUUAUCACAGAAAAGUUUUCACCAAGCAUAGCUGUUACAAUCCCAUGUGGACAAACUGCUGAAUUUUCAAUAGUCAGCUCUGGUGGACCUGAGUAUCUUUUACAUACUGCUGAGAGUAGCUCGAUGAGAGAUACCAUUGUUCUUGCAAUGAGAUUGUUUAUCAUGAGGGCUGUUGAGAAGAGGAAAAAGAAGAAGGGUCUCUUCUUCAAGUAGAGAGAGAGAGAGAGAGAGAGAGAGAGAGAGAGAGAGCAUGCUUUUUUUGGGCUCAGAAUGCGAUGGUCUGUACAGCAAGUGUAAUUAUUGGAAAGUGAACGGUAUCCACGAGUGUGUGUGAUUACAGUUUUAUGCGGGUGGUUGUACUACAGCUGUAGGUGUAGUUGAAAUUCUAUUUUUGCUCUAAUGAAAGAAUAAGAAUAUAGCUUAUUUGAGGCCCUUGCUAUA